CCGAACAUUAUCUGACACUCUGACAUUCCGAGACUCUUUAGGAACACAGUCCAAAAUACCUCAACAGAUGGCAUCAUCGUAUGACUUAACCAGAGACGACAUCGCCGGAAUCUCGAUCAAUCCUCCUGCGAGUAGCCGUGUGCCUUCUGUAUACAGUGAAGUCCAAGUGAGUCGUAUCGAUCACGCGCUUCCUCUUCCUUCCGUUUUUAAAAGUCCCUUUAAGAUCGUCGAUGGUCCUCCGAGCUCCGCCGCCGGAAAUUCAGAGGAGAUUGCGAAAUUAUUCCCAAAUUUGUAUGGACAACCAUCGGCGUUAUUGGUUCCUGACCAAUCUAAUAACACAAUUGCAUCGGACCAAAAGCUUAAAGUUGGAGUGGUUUUGUCUGGUGGUCAAGCACCUGGAGGACACAAUGUUAUUUGCGGAAUUUUCGAUUACUUGGAGGAACAUGCAAAAGGAAGUAGACUGUUUGGUUUUCGUGGUGGUCCAGCUGGAAUCAUGAAGGGAAAAUACGUUGACCUCACUUCUGAUUUUGUCUAUCCUUAUAGAAACCAGGGUGGAUUUGAUAUGAUAUGCAGUGGAAGAGACAAGAUCGAAACUCCAGAGCAGUUUAAGCAAGCGGAAGAGACUGUAACAAAGAUGGACUUAGAUGGACUUGUGGUUAUUGGUGGCGAUGACUCCAAUACUAAUGCUUGUCUCCUCGCUGAACACUUCAGAGGUAAAAACAUGAAAACUAGGGUUAUUGGGUGUCCCAAAACAAUCGAUGGUGAUUUGAAGAGCAAAGAAGUCCCCACCAGUUUCGGGUUUGAUACUGCUUGCAAGAUAUACUCAGAAAUGAUUGGAAAUGUUAUGAUCGAUGCACGUUCCACGGGAAAAUACUACCACUUCGUGCGUCUUAUGGGCCGUGCUGCUUCUCAUAUUACACUUGAAUGCGCUUUGCAAACCCAUCCAAACAUUACCAUAAUUGGAGAAGAGGUUUCUGAGAAACAACUAACGUUGAAAAAUGUUACGGAUUAUAUUGUUGAUGUGAUCUGUAAACGUGCUGAAAAUGGUUAUAACUACGGUGUCAUUCUUGUUCCUGAAGGUCUUAUUGAUUUCAUCCCUGAGGUCCAAGAGCUUAUUUCAGAACUGAACGAAAUCUUAGCCCAAGGAAACGUUGAUGAAGAAGGACAAUGGAAGAAGAAUCUUAAAGAAGAGACUCUGAAGCUUUUUGAGUUUCUUCCUCAAACAAUUCAAGAACAACUGAUGCUUGAGAGAGAUCCACAUGGAAAUGUCCAGGUGGCUAAAAUAGAGACAGAGAAAAUGCUGAUUCAAAUGGUUGAAACCGAGUUAGAGAAAAAGAAGAAGGAUGGUUCAUAUAAACGCGAGUUCAUGGGGAAAUCACACUUCUUUGGGUAUGAGGGAAGAUGUGGAUUACCUACAAAUUUCGAUGCAACUUAUUGUUAUGCAUUAGGUUACGGUGCUGGAUCACUUCUCCAGAGUGGAAGGACCGGUUUAAUUUCAUCGGUUGGGAAUUUGGCUGCUCCUGUUGAGAAAUGGACAGUUGGUGGUACACCGCUAACUUCAUUGAUGGAUGUUGAGAGAAGACAUGGUAAAUUCAAGCCUGUUAUCAAGAAAGCUAUGGUUGAACUUGAAGGUGAAGUCUUUUAGCUCAAAAAUUUACCUUACUCGUUUGUUCUGUCUCACUCAUGGCUUCUGAUCAAUUUUUAGGCGCACC